CGCUGUGAGCGUGCUCUUUUUUUCGACAUUCACUGAGCAACAAGGACUACGUUUACACGUCGGGUUUAACAACAUCGGAGUUAUAAAACUGGCCAACUACAGCCAUUCCUCGGAAGAAUGAAAUGGUUAUGAUUGGACAGCUCUAGAAGUAUUGAUGUUAUUAAACCUGUUUAAAGGUGUGUAAACGUAGUCAAGGAUAGAAUGAUACUUUUAGCGCUAAUAGCGUCUCCCCGAACUUAGCUUAUGUAUCACGUUGCCAAAAAUGUUUAUUUCUUUCACCGCUGCAACCAUAGACCAUCGACAUAAAGCAUGGACUGCGCAUUUCCUGAAAGGCCCUUGAAAAGUGCCCAGCAGACACUUAUUAGAAAGACAGAGACGUGAUCUGGGUUAAUUUCUUUCUCUGUUUAGACAGAAACAGCGCUUCACCCAGACCAGUUGCUAUCUCUCUCUUUUAGUCGGACAUGUUUUCUCUGCCAUCGCGCAAUCCAUGCCACAUGCCAUCACAUGCUUUAUGUCGAUAGGUUUGAGCACGUGUAUAGAAUUGUUGCAAAAAGAUUUAAUGUUUUAUAUAUAUAUAUAUAUAUAUUUAUUAUAAAAGUUAAUAAUAUUAUGCGGAAUUGAUGGUUUUGGUAAAUGCAACACUUGAAAAAUAAUAUUAAAACGUGAAUUAUACAAAAUUAGAUUAUCUUGCUUUGAUUUUUUUAUGGUAAAUGAUAUUAUUACGCAAAGCUGUUGCACAAAAUGGUUAAGACAAAAAAAAAGAACUUGUCCGAAACUGUAAAACAGAAAAACAAAAAACGGUUAAAUCCGUUCGAGGUGCACAUUAAUAGAGAUAAACAGAAAGUGCUAGGUCGAAAAAGUAAAAAUGAUCAUGGACUGCCAGGAAUUUCACGAGCGAAAGUAAUUAAUAGGCGUAAGCAGAGCCUUCUCCAAGAAUAUAAAUUGCAAAAUAAAGACAAUGUUUUCUUAGAUAAACGUAUUGGCGAAAAACACUAUGCUAUGAGCACAGAAGACAAAGCGAUAGCGAGGUUUGCUACAGAGCGCAUGAGAGCAUAUAAAAAAGAGAAUAUUUUUAAUUUAAAUGAUGAAGUACUAACACACAGAGGACAAACUCUCGAGGAGAUCGAAAAGUUUGAUGAUCCUAGGAGUGAUGAUGAAUUUAGUGAUAAUGACACUAUUAGUGGCAAGCUGAACAAAAAUUUUGUAGAAAACGCUCAUUUUGGUGGUGGCACCUUAUCGAAAGCAGAUUCCACAUUAUCUAAGAAGAAUCUAAUUGACCAACUCAUUGUGGAAUCGAAGAAACGAAAGGCGGAGAAACAAAAGAUGCACGAAGAAACAAUCAAUCUCACAGAGAAGCUCGAUUCUGAAUGGAAAGACCUCUUACCCUUUAUGUCCAAAAAGCUAACGGAGGAUAUUGACGAGAUCACAAAACCUGACGCCUAUGAUAUCGCUGUACGGCAAUUAAAAUUUGAAGCCAGAGGUAAUCCAUCUGAGAAACUGAAAUCAGAGGAGGUGAUUAUUCAGGAGGAGAAAGAGAGAUUAGAGAGACUUGAAAGCGAUAGAUUGGCAAGAAUGAAGGGAUUUAUAGGUGAUAUCAGUAAUCAAUGUUGGCAUAAAUCUGCGGAUGAUCUUGAGGAUGAUUUUGUAAUGGAAACCAUUGAAGAUAACGAUGACAUUAGUUUAAUACCUUCUGACGUCAGUAAUAUCAGUAAUGAGGAAAAUAGCGAUAAAAAUGAUGUUAGUGAUGAUGAGCAGCAGGAAAAUCAAUUAGAAUACGUUGCUGCUAAGGAAACAAUUAAAAACACAAAAAUUAAGAAGAGUAUACAUUCAGAAUUAUCUGAGGCUAACAAUGAAUCUAAUGCAUAUCAAAAUGAUAAAGAUUUAGAGAUUGAAAAUUCAGAUGAUGAGAAAGAGUCCAACGACGAUCUUUCAGAUCUAAAAAUGUCUGAAUUAUCUAGUGAGGAUGAAAUUGAAACGCAAGUGUUUGUGAAGAAACGUGAGAAACGUGUUAUGUUUGUUAAUGAUCUGAUAAAAGAUAUUAAACGAAUAGAUCAGUCAGAUAAAAUUUGUCUUACAUCAAUAUUGAAACAGAGCAAUAGUGCACAUAUACAAAAUUUAUCUGACAAAAAUAAAAAGCAGCAAAUCAAAAGUGAUCUCUUGAAGCGUAAAGAGAUUAUGGAACAGGCACGAAAAGAAUUACCAUACACAUACAAUGCUCCAGAAAAUUUUGAAGAAUUGGAAAAAUUGUUGAGUUGUCACAAUGUGGAUUAUCAAUCAGUGAUCGUAGAUCGUAUAAUAAAAUGCAAUCAUUGGACAUUAGAUAACAGAAACAGAGAAAAAAUGUCAAAUUUAUUUGUAUACUUGUUACAAUACAUAAACAACUGCACUUUUACAGAGAGCGCUGACGAUUUAGUUAAAUGUUUCCAAAUUUUUAAUAGAUUAUGUCCUUAUCUUUAUGACUUAGCACAUAUGUACCCAGAAAAUGCGAAAACCUGUAUGCAACAAGUAAUUAAGGAGAAACAUAAUAAAUUUGAAAAAAAUAAGACAAGAUAUCCUGACAUGGAUACGCUGAUAUUUUUUAAAUUAGUAUCCUUGUUGUUUCCGACAUCUGACUUUAGGCAUCCUGUUGUUACUCCUUGUUUAGUAUUUAUGUCACAAAUAUUAUUAAAAGCUCACAUCAAGAAAUAUCGAAGUGAUAUUUCAAAAGGUCUCUUUAUAUGUACUCUCAUAUUAGAAUAUACGGUAUUAAGCAAGCGAUUUGCACCAUCUGUGAUUAAUUUUUUACGAGGCAUUAUCUAUAUAGCGACGCCUGCAGAAUUGACACAAAAAAUAAAAAUUAUCUCACCAUUUAAAGUUAUGUGUAAAGCUUUGGUGAUCAACAAGACAGAAAUUAUUCCAGACACAAUUGAUCCAAACAGCGCACAUAUGUUUGCAAGUGAUUUAAUUGAUGAGGAAUUAAAUAACGAAUUUAGAAUAAGAGCUUUACUGAUUACAAUCAAUUUGAUUAAUGAAUUUAAAAAUCAUCUUCAAGAAUUAGAAGCGGUAUAUCCGAUAUUUGAACAUAUUUUUCAAUUAUUAAAAAUAAAUAAAUUUAAACAAUAUUCAGCAAAUGUAAGAAAUCUUAUAAAAGAAUUGUGUAAGAAACUCGGAUUCCUACGAAACAAGAAAUUGGAAUACAUUGUGCUCGAAAAGAAAAGACCAAAACCUUUAAAAACAUAUGAGCCAAAAAUAAUGACAGUAUAUGAUGGAAAACGACAUAAAUCUAUGUCAAGAGAAAAAAUAGAAAAAGAUAAAUUAUUGCAUAAGUAUAAGAGGGAGUUUAAAGGUGCAAUUCGUGAAAUGAGAAGAGAUCGUGACUUUUUAGCUAAAGUACAAAUUGGACAGCAAAUUAAGAGCGAUGUUGAACGCAAACGUAAAGUGAAAGAAAUUUUCAGUGAGGCUGCCAUACAACAAAACGAGCUUAAAAAAAUGAAAAAGAAAAAGUAAAAGUCCAGAAAAGUAUAAAUAAUCAAAAAUUUUAUAAUAGAUAUUUGUGUUACAAGUGAAGAAAAUCUGCUAUUUUCUUCAAGUGCAAGGAAUGAAUCUGCGAAUCAAAAAUGAAUACAUUCACAAACAUAAGUAAGGAAAUAGUCGAUCCGCACAUGUAACAUAAUAAUUCUUGUUACCUUUGCGUCGAAGUAUAGUCCGUGAGUGUGAAUUGAUAUGUUAUGACUAGGGUUCGGUUAGGUUUGCGAAAGCGAUGAAGCAUCGAGAAUAACCAUUUGCAUAUCGCGAGAUGGCGAUAAAAUAUCGGUAAAAUUUGCAAGAGUUAGCAUAUACGUGUCAUGAGAUGACGUGCCCAUAAUACGACGCAAGUGUCAGAAUGAAGGGAGAGAUGUAAAAUGUGCGGAAUUUGAUAGUCGUGCGAAAAUUAUUUCUGCACGACUUUUCCACACGCUUGAUUGGUGGUGGAAUAAGUUGCUUGUACUUGUGAGAAAAAUGUUCAUGUACAAUCGGUUACUUGGCGGUCAGUAGGCCAUGAAAAGGAACAUUUUCGACGCAUAUGUAACAAAAAUGUUUUUUAAUGUAUAGUGUGUACGUAGUGUAUAUGCGUUUCACACACUUCAUAUAUUUAUUAUUUUUUAAGGAUAUGACGAAUUCGGUUGGGUGCACCAGUGCGCCCUCAUUUAUAACGUUUUCUACUGGGAAAACCGGUGCAGCACCAGCGCUGUGGUAGGUUUCGAUGAAAACUCCACUAGCACAAUAAUAGUGCAGGUUUAGUGUGGUUCAGUGGAACACAUCAUUAGACAGGUUUAAAAACUAAACAAUUUCAUUGUUAUAAAGUUUACUAAAAUAAUGUAAUAACAUAUACUUUAAUGUAAUACCUUAAAGCACGAACAUAUCUAUUUUAAUUUGCACUGGCAUCUUCCAACGUCUCGAAAGCCGGUAGAGCAAAAGUUGCACUCGGUGCAAUUUGUUUGCAUCAAUUUUGUCAGUAGAACAUUAAACACUGAAAAUAUGUGAACUGAUUUUUACAGUGGAACAAUAAAAUUGCACUCAGUGCGCACCAGUGUUGCACUAGUUUUCCCAGUAGAAAACGCUAUUAGUGUUUCGUAUUCUGUUGGCUUGUAUUCAGAAUGGGAAAAACUAAACUGCACUAGUGCGCACUGGUGCACCCAACCGAAUUUGCCAAGAUUUUUGAUUAUUUAAAAAAUAAAUUUUUUUUAGAGAAAUUCCAAAAUAAUUUAUAAGUUCCAAGCAAUUAAAACACUUCAAAUAUAAAAUGUAUUCUUUAUUGCAUCCCCUCAGGAUUUACAAUCUUACAAAAAAAAAAA